GAAAGAGAAGCUGAAAACACUUUAUUACCAGAGGAUUUCAAAUCGGGGACCGAUUUAAGCUCCAAACUUCUGCUGAAUGACCCGUUAAUCAUAAAUGUAAUCACUAAAUCAUUACUUCAAAAACGCGUCAAUAAUUUGUACAUUUCAGCGCAAAACGAAUGGUGCGAUGGUAGCAAAUCUGACAUACUGUAUGUACCGAAAUCCGCAGCAGCAAACGCGUCGCCCCCGAUUCUCAUUGAAAUUCAAAAUCGCUUAGACCAAACUUUCCUUUGUAGACUUAUCAAAUAUAGCACACAUGUAGCUGAUCGCUAU